UGAUAUGCAAAUGUAUAGUGAAUGAUGUUCUUACCGAUGAGUCGUGCAGAAAGGUCGGUGAAGUCGCUGUCUGCUUUGAAAUAAGAAAAAUCUGCAAUGGCAAAUCACACAGGACCGCGCUUCAAUGAUAUUUACGAGCUUAAAGAAGAGCUUGGCAAGGGAGCAUUCAGUGUGGUGAAAAGAUGUGUCCACAAGGAAACUCGAAUGGAAUAUGCUGCAAAGAUCUUCAAUACAAGGAAGUUGACAGCUAGAGAUCUUCAAAAGCUCGAGAGAGAAGCGAGAAUAUGCCGCAUGCUAAAACAUCCAAACAUAGUGAGACUGCAUGCAAGCCUUCCGGAAGAAGGAGUUCACUAUCUUGUUUUUGAUUUGGUAACAGGUGGUGAAUUAUUUGAAGAUAUUGUUGCACGCGAGUAUUACAGUGAAGCAGAUGCAAGUCACUGUAUCCAACAAAUUCUCGAAAGCGUCCAGCAUUGCCAUCAAAACAGUGUUGUUCACAGAGAUCUUAAGCCCGAGAAUCUAUUGCUAGCAAGCAAAGAGAAAGGGGCUGUUGUCAAGCUAGCAGACUUUGGCCUAGCUGUAGAGGUCGAUGGCGAGAAGUAUUCUUGGCAUGGUUUUGCCGGCACACCUGGCUACCUAUCACCUGAAGUGCUACGAAAAGAGCCAUAUGGAAAGCCAGUUGAUAUGUGGGCUUGUGGUGUUAUUUUAUACAUCCUGUUGGUUGGGUAUCCUCCGUUUUGGGAUGAAGAUCAACAUCGCCUCUAUGCGCAAAUCAAAGCAGGAGCAUAUGACUAUCCUUCCCCAGAGUGGGACACUGUCACCCAAGAAGCAAAGGAUUUGAUCAACCGAUUGUUGACCAUAGAUUCGAAGCGUCGUAUUAAUGCUUCAGAGGCUUUGAAACACCCAUGGAUUGCAGACAGACAACGUAUUGCAAAUACCUUUCACAGACAAGAAACGAUUGACGGUUUGAAGAAGUUCAAUGCAAGAAGGAAGCUGAAGGGAGCAAUGAUAACAACGCUAUUUGCUGCCAAGUCUAUUCAGUUGGGCAGGCAAAGCGCUGCAGAAAAAAAAGAGGAGAAAAAUCAAACAAUGAAUAUACAGUCCAUUCUUUCCACAGCUGUUAAAGACAAACUGGUAAAUGAUAAGAGAAAAGUGCAAGAGAAUUCUGUUGGGAGCAAUGAGAAAGUCCCAGGCUCUCAAGACGAACAGAGCCUUCACUCAGACGACGAUGAUCAGCGAGCCGUCAGAGAGCAAGAAAUAAUCAAAGUUACGCAAAGAUUGAUUGCUUGCAUCACAAUGGGAGACUUUGAUACUUAUUCAAAACUUUGCGAUGAGAGAGUUACAUGCUUUGAGCCACAAGCAAAAGGAAAUCUGGUUGAAGGGAUAGAUUUUCAUAAAUAUUAUUUUGAUAAUGUUAUGUCAAAGAGGACGACUCCAGUGAACACGACGAUCUUGUCGCCCCAUGUUAUCUUGCUAUCAGAGGAUUCUGCAUGCAUUAGUUAUGUACGCCUUACACAAACCAUAGAUCAUAUGAAUAAUCCUUUGACAAUUCAACACGAGGAAACCCGUGUAUGGCAGAAGAAGAGCUCCUCCUGGGUAUGUGUCCACUUCCACCGCAGCUCCAAUGGCUAGGAUUUAGCAACUGAUAAAUUGAAUUUCAUCAUGACAUUUUAAGGCAGUCUGGUAUCUGAUUAACAUACUGGGUUGCGUAACAAUUAACGAUUGUCUCGCGUAUAGACUCGCGUGUCUCGCAGAGCGUUUAGAGGCAGUAUUGAAUGGCCAAUUGUGUAAAGUGGGGAGCGUGUAUGUCGGCCGCUGGUAAAAUAUAUUUAGCGUUUUGACAUUGAAAAAUAAGGACCAGUGAAGGAAAGGGUGAUUCUUAUUGACUAAAGAUAUGUUUGAACAGAUUCCUCGUUUUUCCCCCCAAAGUAAAUCAUCACCAGGUGAUGAUUCAAACCCCCAGAGAAGGCUAGGUCCCUAAUGGGGGGUUAUCAGCCUCCCUUCACUGGCCCCUGCUCUAGUUUCAAUGCGGUUAUGAUCAUUCUUGUGUCACGGAUUAUUGAAAAUUUUUAACUUUAUCAUAUAAAUCAACAUAUAAUGAAGUUAUUGUCUUUGCUACAUCAAACACGGUACGUAAAUUGUGACAAACGAUUACUCAAUACAUUGAAUAGAUGAUAAUGACUUCAUCAUAUUUCGUAUAAUGUGCGACUUAUUGAUAAAUAUGGAAAGUUUUCUCUGUUCAUCUUAGGUGUAGGAAGAAAAUUUAUCAGCCGUCUCUUGGCAUAAUUUUCCAACAAUAAAAUGUUUCUUGUUAAACGAAAUAUUGUUUGCUAGAUUAUCUAAAAAAAUGAUAAAUAACGAAAACUAAAAUAUCUAGCUGCCACCCUCGCCAGAGGUUCCAUUUGCUAAGGUUUCAAGAAUCGAUCUUAAACGAUGUAUUCUGUUUAUGUUUUCAACCUCCGUAUAAGAUGUGAUCGUUGAUGCCGAUUUUUGAUGCCGAUUUCUGAUUCUGAUUUAUAAUUCUGAUUUUUCGUAUGGCUCUUAAUGUCAUAUGAGCGGUUCAAUCCAUCUAUCUGAAACAAUUUGGCUUUUUAUAAGUUGACUAGCCACAUAUUGACACGUCAUACUGUCCCUUUGUGGUACAGAGUGACUGAGAUCAUGGUAUAUUUAGACUCCUGCUAGAUAUAGUAAGAAUGAAUUCUCAUUAAUGAUUUAUGUGCUGUUAAUUUGAACUCGAUUUAUGUAUUUAUGAAAUAGCUGACUAAUUUCUAUAAGUUAAAGACAAACAUUUAACGAGUUACUGUACAUGUUUGCAAAUUAUAUCCAUAGAUUUACAAACUAUCACAGCGCACUGGUUUUUUAACACUUCUGUACGUAGUUAUCGUAGCUCAAAGUGAAGCCUAACUAAAGUGCCUUCAACCUUCGUUUGUCGUCUAUGACGUCAUCUCCCUGCGAAAAAAGCCAACGUCUAGACCCUUUUUUAUUGCUUUAAAUUAGAGUAAUUAAUUAGCUAUUAGACUUUUUUUGAAGCUGAUAUAAUAUUAACUGAAAAUGGCACAGCUUUAGUUGUAAAGGACUUUAAUUAUUCUGAUUAAGACUGUCAGUAGUGUUAUUGUCCUAUCAUUUUAUUACUACAAAAAAUUUGUUCAUAGGAAAA